CGUAGCCUGAACGCAGCAUCUGGCUGCUCUCGGGCAACAAUGGCCACAGUCUGUCAAGUAUGGAGACCAGACCGAGGACGGUGCUCCAAAACCUACGGAAUUAUCACGCUGUUGUUUAUGGACCUGCUGUUGCCGUGCGUCAACGGGUACAUGAGCUCUCCUCAUGUUGACCAGGAUCCUCCUUACACCAGAGAUGCCCAGCAUGGACCUGUCAUCACCAGCCCAGUGGUCCCUGCUGCAUCCUCAGUGUCUCCUGCGGAUGACGAGAACUACACUUUCAAGUGUCCAAGUGGGGGUCCAUGCAGUCGCCUGCCUGCUGAUUGCAUUGAGUGCAAUUACCAUUAUAACUGCAUCUAUGGAAAGUCAGCUUCCUUUACUUGUAGACCCAAAAAAGGUGUUCACUGCAUAGGAGAGUCAGGACAACAGCAAACCAACUUUUCUCUGUCCAUCACCUGUCACUUCUGCUGGCAGCUUGAUCCGUCUCAGUAUCGCUGUUCAAACUCCACCAACUGUAUGACGGUGUCCUGCCCACGCAAGCGCUACAACGCCACCUGUGACGUGUUGGAUCACGUGCACUGUUUAGGUAAAAGACGUUUUCUGAAACGUUUAUUUUGUAAUUGGACUGGAGGAUAUAAAUGGUCAACAGCAUUAGCACUCAGCAUCACACUUGGUGGUUUUGGGGCAGAUCGGUUUUAUCUGGGCCAGUGGAGAGAGGGUCUGGGCAAACUGUUCAGCUUUGGGGGCCUGGGCAUUUGGACUUUGAUUGAUGUUCUUCUGAUUGGGGUUGGUUACGUGGGACCUGCUGACGGUUCUCUCUACAUCUGAAUCAGAGUUUCAGAGAUGUGAUGGGAUGGUUUGUGCUUGCUUCCACUUUACUCUCGAACAAUGGAGAUCUGAGAUGCUGUGUUCUGAGCACGUUUGCCUGCCUGAGCUCGCUGUGCAACACAUUCUCAUCCCAUCUGCUAACAGGCAGGAAGUGUUUUCCUCAUCACAUCAACGAUGACUCUACCCACACAACCAUCAGAUCAAUCCCAAUCAUUCUGCGUCAGUCUCCUGGUGAGAUUCUGCAGAUGGACCUGUACGGAGGGAGGAGGAUAGGGAGCCACUGAUUAUGUCUCUCUGGUUGAUUUGACAUAACUGUUGGUUUGGUUCAUUCGUGCUGGUAUAGGUUUGGUUUCCUACGGAGCCCUGCUUUCAUAGACAUCCCGUCGCCUCGGUCGCUCCUCCCUCUUUAGAAGGUAAAAGCAUCAAUAGUUGGCAUGGUAAUCAUGACUACUGAGCUUUUUAUGGUUGACACCAGACAAAAGACAUGCUGAAGGUUAAUAUAUAAAUAUGCAGGAGAGGAUAUUAUCACGGUGUAAUAUUUAUGAGUGAGAAGAGUUGUAUGAUUUUGAUGGUUAUUUUGUAUGUAGAAUGUUGAUCCAACACUGUGCCAGCAGUGUAGGCCACAGCUGUAUGAGUGACCUUCCCCCAAGGGCCAAGAUAAGACAGUACCAGACCUGCUGUAACAUGUUGUCUGAUAUUUUGGAAACGCACAUAUAACUAUCUCAAACUGCAUUUUUUUGUUGUUGUUUUCAUACAGUAUUUUCUUCUAAGCUCAUGAGCACUUAAAAAAAAAAAAUAUCCAGUGUGUACUAACACUGUAAGAUCUAUUCAAUUCGACCUCACCUCAUGUAUGUUUAGUGUAUUCAGGUUAUUUUAAUUUGUUGGAAAACUAUAAAUGGCAAGUUAUGUGACAACAUUUGUUUAGAGUAUGUAUUAUUUUUUUUUUUAUCAGUUGUCCUGGCACAGGUUGUCCCUACGUCAGUGAGAACCAGUGGUAAAUGUAACAGAAAUGUAAUGAUGGCGUCACUGUUCAUGUGCAUAACCUGGUCAGAUUUUUACAAUUCGACCAAUGAAAUUUGAAGGCAUACAAAUGACUGAGCAAGCUGUGAAAGCUGAUUCCUUAGUUCCAACAGCCUGAACAAAAAAUGUCAAAUAAAUGUGUUGGUCAGCAUGAUCUCAGUGUGAA